CAAACCUGGCAACGACUAACAAGCUUCCUUCUCCAACUGCAAUUCUUUGCUGUUGAUCUGAAGCCUGAACUUCUGAAGGCUUUCAUCCAUUCCAUGGCAUACAAUCAUCUCCAGUAGAAACCGUAUACUCUGCUCUCAACCCUUGACAAGCUUCCCCUCUCUGCAUCGAGACAUAUUCAGUUCAUUGGCCCCAGCCAUGUCACAAGAUCAAGACGUUUCAAGCUCACUCAAGAACCUGUCAAUCGACACAAAGGACGAGCCCUCGGUGUUGUUCAAGAAAUCAGCAGCCAAAAAGAAGACCAAGAAGGUCGUUGCAGACUCAUGGGAAGACUCCGACUCCGACUCCGAGGCAGAGCCUGAAGCCGAGUCAGAGUCAAAUAAGCCAACUCCCACUGCGACACCUGCACCGCCUCCCCUGACGCCCAUGUCCCCCGCCGGUGGCUUACCAUGGGAGUCACCUUCAGGAAGUUCCGGCCAUCGCGCUGGAGCAGACCCGGACAAACGGCCUGAGAAGACAGAUGCAGUGGCUCGUCGUAUGAUCGCUGCUGGACUAGGCCUCAAGGCACCAAAGCAGACGGAGGAGCAAAGGGCGUACCAGAGGAGUGUUCGUGAGCAGGAGAAGAAGAGGAGGGAACAGGAGAAAGAGGAGGAAAAGAAACGGCAGGCUGAUGUUGAGAAGGCAAAGGCAGCUAUUUGGGAUGAUUAACCGAAUAUCUUAUUGACAAGCUUGGAAGACUGUUUCUUGCAUCAGCUUUAUCAAAAUCCCUCAUUGCCACUUAGAGCAAUGGUUUGAAGGUAUUAUACUGGCAUAGAUUCAAAGACCUCUUACAGGCAAAUGCGAGGGUUGAUAUUGGCACAUGCAAGCAAAAGGGAAACAAGUGCGUAUAUCCUUGCAUGGCAAACAACAAGAGCUUACAAUGCAUGUUGCUUCCUAGCCAGCUCUCAGAGAACCUACUGAACCGAGUGAUAUCAAGUCAAAGAUGAAAGAUACAAGACAGAGUACUCACACAAAUUGCUAGGGUUGAGAAAUACAUAUGAACAAAUCCCUGCUACCGGUCUGAAGUGCAUAUAUACAUAGGUACUUUGGGGGUUAAGACGUAAACAGUUCACUUUAUAUGCGCGACGGUG